UGUUGAUCCCCACUUUGGUGCCCGGACAGUCUUGGCGGUGUUGAUGUUCCUCAGCGACGAUGGGCCAGGGUCUCCCAGCUUUGCCCCGUAUUCAGGCCUUCUAGAAGGAAGAGGCGGAGCUGACCGACAGAGACUCAGACUCAGAGAGUCAACUCCACGAGGACAAGCAUCCCUUUCAGGCAGGUGGUCAUGCGAGCCCGAGUUCCUCGACCUGGAGAGGCGAGCGUCGAGCCAACACGCCUUGCCAUUCGCCCGUGGCAGGGGCUAAAUGAUGACCAUGCGGCUCUUCAUGACGACGUCUCUUGAUCUCUUGACCCUUCAAGUUUUGGCGUUUGCCCAGGUCUUUCCCGAGUCCGAGCUUGAGUAAACCUCUGUGAAGACAACCAACUCAGACUUCACCCCUCAUGCGAGUUAUUUCCUCCCUCCUGGCCUCUGUAUACCCGUGGGAGGGGACAUGAAGUGAUGCCGCCUCUUUCUCCCUCGUCUUUCCCCCUCCUGCCCCGAUCCGAAGGGGCCGGAAAUGCCACGAAUGCGACUAAUCUUGGACUGGAAGUCGUUUGUGCGUGGCCAGUAUCUGGCCAAUAUGGUCCUGGAACAAGAGUACUGUACUAUGUCCUGAUCGCCGCCUGCGUUUUCGCGAGAAAAGAGGAAUGGAUCAGGAAUGCCUGCCUGGCAGGUGCUCUGCUCUUUCCCGCUAUAGCAGCUCUUCACGGGAUCGUUCUUGCAGCAGUGCAUGUGGAUGGAGCCAUCGAUAUGGACGUCUACGGUGCUUUCCAACUUUGUUCGAUUGGAAUCCUGACUGCUCCUCUCACUGCGAGAAUGUCCGGCACUUACUUCAACGACCCAAGGCGACACAUCAUCUUCUUGUGGACGGGUCUUGUUCUUGCUGGACUUUUGAGCAUCACCGUGGAGUUCUUCCGCGUCAAGCCUUCGACCUGCACCCAUGACGACAACGGGACCCUCCUUGCCUCCGAUAUCUCAAAGUUUCCCUACGGAGCAACGUGUGACCUUCGUUGUUCCGUCGAAUACGGUCCAUUUUCUCCGAUCCGUGUCGACUCGACCAACGAAAUAUACGUCGUACCGGCACCUAACAAGCUCACAUUCGGUACGGCCACGCUGCUUGCGGCCGCAUGUUGUAUACCGGCCAUCGUGUCGCUUCUCUACUUCUGGUCAUUGAUACUCCAGGAGACGUGGAAAUCCCGAUUCGAUGGCAACAGUGGGGCGGACCAGCCCGACAAGCGGAUUGAAGGUACAAAGGCGACUGUGGGGAUGAUGCAGCACAUCAAUGAUUUGGUCAGGACGGUCUUGAGCACCGUCGAAGCUCCGGUCUUUGCUGCUGCGGUGCUGGCCAUCCUCAUUCUGGGGGAGAAGAACUUCUUCAGCGAUCCGGUGGACUAUGGAACAGAACGUAUAUCUAGCAUCGGCCAAUGGGCACCCAUAGCUGGUGCCGCGUUUGCAGUUCUCGGGUCGUUGUACCUAUUCCUCACGGGUGAUGGUGAUGCGAAUCGGAAUGCGUCACCGUGCAAAUGUACCUGCCAUUCGUCCGAGGUUGAAGAGCCAAUCUGCGUAGAAGGACGACCUAGUUCAGCAGGCACUGAAUCAGUUGCUACUGAGCCACAGAUAGCAAUUGAACCACAGACAUCGGCUCCGGGGAGCAUGCAUACCCAGCUUGCGCGAACCCCAACCCCCGAUUUUGGAUCCCGGCGCAGAAUCAGACGAGUCCUUAUCCGGCUGGGGAUCUCUUUGAGUAACGCUGCGCACGACCGUCUUCAUGAUUAUGAAUUCAAGCAAGGACCGGCCUCGGACUUCCCAGAGAUCCCGGCCGAGCAGCAGAGAAAUGGAGCGCUCCAGCAAAUCCGAGAGCAGUAUAAUCCCAAACGCGACUCUAACCGCAACAUAUCGCUAUCCCGACAGGGCUCGAAUCUCAGUAUGGCUUCUACCAGUAAUUCUCCGCGCUCUUCGCGAUCCCGGUCUCCCUCCCCUUUCCGCACACCAUCGCCUUCGAGAUCGAGCGAUGCUCGAGGUUCGUCAGAGUCGCAGAAAGGCCGUGGCUCCUCGGCUGACGACCCUCGCGAUAAACCACGCAAGCGUACAAACACCCUUGAAGUACCGGUGCCCUCUCACCAUGUUUCCCUGGGACGCAGCCCGUCUGUCUCAUCCGUGUCUAGCUCCAGUUUCACUAUCCCAGGAAGUCAAGCUUCGCCCACCAUAGUAGUCUCGGGUGAUGAUGAUAUAGUUACCACGUCUCGGAAUUCUGGCAUGCAUUCGGCUGGCAAUGCCUAUGAUUCAGACUCGCCACUUCCCUUACAAAGUGGACGACGACCCACCUCGUGAACACUGUUUGAGACGACGUUGCAAUAUCAAAAGGCUGUACACGUUGAUGUAUAAUAGAAAUCAUAAAUAAUAAGUCCACAUACCUCUGUCGGGAUGAGAAGGCCUGAUGAACAUUCUUCUCCUUAACAACCAAUGAAAUGUAUGCCCAAUUCAUGUUCAAUUUGCUGGGUGCCCCAAUCAUCGUGAACAUGGGGACCGCUUGGGAAUAUGACACUGGAGUCCUAGAGCUAUUGGUUCAGCUUGGGCGACAUUAAACACGCUUGUGCUCAGUCUACUUCCCGUUUUUGC